AUGUGGCUUAUCAAUGCCCAGACUCUCGCGCUCGAGGAGUUCCUCGACAACGCCGCGCCCAGUUAUGCAAUUCUUUCUCAUACCUGGAAGACCGAAGAGGUGUCUUUUCAAGAUUUCCGAGCCAAAGAUCCUGUUACCAUAAACAAGCUAGGUUACACGAAGAUCAAGGAAGCUUGUGCUAAGGCUCUGGAGUACGGAUACCAACACGUGUGGGUCGACACCUGCUGCAUCGACAAGACGAGCAGUGCAGAGCUAUCGGAAUCAAUCAACUCCAUGUUCAAAUGGUAUGAGGCUGCAGAAGUUUGCUUCGCGUACCUCUCAGAUGUCCCGCCGACCAAAGACGCAACGGACCCCGCGUUCGUCAAGUCUCGCUGGUGGACUCGGGGAUGGACGCUUCAAGAACUUCUCGCCCCGAGUAAACUCGACUUCUUCGCGGCAGACUGGACUGUCAUUGCAAGUCGCGACGACACAGCCUCUGCCAUUAGCAGCAUCACUGGCAUCAACGAGCGCUAUUUACGCAGCCCAAGCUACGGUCGAAAAUCUCGUCUUGGGUCCCUGGCGACAGCAAGCGUUGCCGAGAGGAUGAGCUGGGCAGCACGGCGGACGACGACAAGGACCGAGGACAUCGCGUACUGCUUACUGGGAAUCUUUGGCGUCAACAUGCCACUGAUCUACGGCGAGGGCCCGAAAGCGUUCAUCAGGCUUCAAGAACAGAUCAUCCAAACGUGCUUCGACUCAACACUUCUCGCUUGGAACCUGUCGGAUGAGUACGGCAGACCUCAGCCUUAUGAGGAAGCAGCCGCUUCAUCCCCGGUCCGGUCAGCGUUGAAGAUGAUCGUCGGCAUGGACCACCCAUGGGCUGCACGAGAGCAACCUCACUUCUCUGAUCCACCUGUAGGGCUUUUAGCUCCUGGUCCUGAGCACUUCCUUCUCUGCAACGACGUCGUGGAGUGCGAGACCGUGCUCAUGUGGACCCCGACAAGCCGAGGGCUUGAGAUCGAACUGCCUGUAUCGGCAAAUACGUGGGCAUACGCGAUACUCCCUUGUCGGCUUCGCAGCGACCCGUGGACCCUUAUCGCGAUUCCUCUCACGAUCCACGAAGGCGGUGCGUACUCGAGAAGCUCUCACUCAGCAAUGCGACUUGCCGGCUGGUACAGAAGUACUGGAGGCCUACUCACCGAGUGA